GUUGCUGUCUAUGAUGGCUAAGCGAGUUAGAAAGUCUGAUGAAGAGAUUCAAGAUGCAGUGGAGGCCGUAAUAAAUCAUAAUCUUUCCAUAAGAAGGGUUGUCGAAAUCUUUAUUAGCCAAUUUGGUAAAAAAACACAAGAAUUUUCCAGAUGGCAAUUUCAGAAAACAUUAAAGGAAGAUCAGGAAAAGUUACUAGUUUCUUACCUUCGAACAACCUCCAAAAUGUGUCAUGGCUUCACAACAACGCAGAUCAGAAAUUUGGCUUACCAAUUCGUUGUUGCCAAUAAAGUAGACACACCAGCAGAAUGGAAUGAAAAUAAUAAAGCAAGCAUUCAUUGGUUUCAUGAAUUCAUGAGUCGCCACAAAGAACUCUCACUGCGUCAACCCGAAAGCACAUCAUUGAGCAGAACCUGUUUCAAUAAAACAAAUACUACAACUUUCUUUUCAAAUUUAGAAAAAUUGUACCAGAAACUCAAUUUUGCACCAAACAUGAUAUGAGUGCAUGAUAGUCACGAAACCGCCCAAGGUAAUAGCUGUACGAGGGACAAAACAAGUACGGCAAAUCGCUUCGGCAGAAAUGGGAACUCUGACUACCGUUCUUUUUUUCAUUAGCGCUUCGGGAGGGAUGAUUCCGCCUGUAUUCAUAUUCCCACGAGUUUACUUCCAAGAUAACAUGCUCAAGAGAGCUCCUGUGGGUGCCAAAGGUAUUGCAAAUCCAUCUGGUUGGAUGACCGAGGAAAUUUUUGUUGAAUCUUUGAAACAUUUCUCGAACCACAACUGCUGAUAAAAAAGCAUUAAUUAUUAUGGACAAUCAUGCAACUCAUGUGAAUCUGCAAGUUGUGGAUUUUGCAAGAAAAAAUCACAAUAAUUUUAACGUUGCCUCCGCAUUGCAGCCACCGAAUACAACCUCUUGAUGUGGCCGUUUAUGGUCCGUUCAAGUCAAGCUGUGAAUAAUUGGUUAACAUGCAAUCCAGGGAAAACCGUAACAAUAAACAUCUUCACUGACGACGAUUUUCUCCCUUCAAGUAUAACUGACAGACCUAAUCCCACAUCUUUAAUAACUCAGGAAACUCUAACCAUCUCACAAUCGAAAGGCAACCUACCAGAGAACGACAAUGUUUUAGAUCAGCCAUCUACUUCCGCUGAUCCAAAUCGUCCUUCUACAAGCGGCAUCGACAAUGUGAAGAAAAAUGUUACGAAGGAAGGAAAAGAAGUGUUAGGAAUAGAUUCUCCAGAAAUGUUAAGACCAUAUCCUACAGCACCUUUAAGAAAUCAAACUAGAACUCGUGGCCGUUCUAUUAUUACAGAUACACCUGAAAAAGAUGAGAUAAUGAAAGCGGAAGAAGAAGGAAAUGAUAAAAGUAAGAAGAAAGGUGCCAAGGCUAAAAUAGUUAAGACAGCCAAAAAGAAACAUUGCUCUAGUGACUCUGAUACAGACGGAAACAUCUCUCUCCAUGAUGAAUCUCCACCUCCACGGGAUCUUGAAGAAUAUUUGAGUCAAAUAGAACAAGAACUUGAUCCUUCAAUUGUCGAAGAGAAGAAAGAUUCUGAGGAAGAUGAUUCUACUAUCUACUAAGUAAAGAAGAAUUUAUUCAGUGCCGUUUGUGUAACCAGUGGGCCCACAAAUCUUGUAGUAUAAUUGGAAAUUUAAAUUUCUUCUGCAAGAAGUGUUUUUGAAUUUU